AUGGCAGUUGUAUUUGCUGAUUGCAUUAAACAUAUAAAGUCAAUAGAAGGGCCAGCUAUUACUGGUAUGAAAACGUGUGAAUUUACAUAUGAAUGGACAAUUAAAAACUUCCAGCGAUUGCAUAAAGACGAAAUUGAGUCACCAAGUUUUUCAUCUGUAUAUGAUGAUUUUAAUGAUAAAUGGAUUUUAAAAUAUUAUCCACGUGAUGCUCAAUCAGUUUCUACUUAUAUAUCAGUAGGGCUACAACAACUUACACCAUUCGAUGAUACUUCACCAUUGUUAACAAAAUGUAAAUUAUCAUCAGCAGAAAGAUUUAGAUGGGAUAGAUAUCUGUCAAAAUCUGAGUUACAAAAUCCACAAUAUAUACAAAAUGAUGAACUUAAACUUCUUUGUACAAUAACAAUGUAUAAAAAACUAACCAAUAAUUCUCAUUUGAUUUCAUCAAUUGAUGCAAAACAACAACUGAGGGUCGACUGGAAAAAACUUUUGUCAAGUGGAAAAUCAGCUGAUGUUACCAUUCGCGUGGGUCAAAAAUUAUUUCGUGCAAUCAAAGGAAUUCUUUCAGUACGUAGUCCAGUUUUUGCUGCAAUGUUUGAUCAUGAACAAUUUGAAGAAUAUAAAAAAAAUGAGACAAAACCACUGUAA